CGAACAGUUUUAUUGCAGAUUUUACUAUCCAUCCAAACGCUGAGCCUGCCUCACGCAAAAUAAAGUUAGUCAGAUAUCAACAGAAUCCUGAAAAAUAUUGGGGACCUAAAGCUAGAGCUACUGGAAAGCGAAAAGC